AUGAAAGCCGCAUUCUUCACCGUCGCAAUCUUGGCCGGAUCCGCCCUCGCGGCGCCAUCUGCCUGUCCCAAGCCUGGUUCUCAGACGGAGAACAAGGCCGACGAACAGGCCGCCCAGCCGCCCAAGUCCGAGUACGAACAGAUCAAAGACUACUGCAACAACAACGAAAGCAAGAAGGACUGCGAACUUGCGUUUCGUCGCUGCACCGGCCAAGUGCCGGCCACCGCGACGAUGCAGCAAUUCUUUCAAUGUAUCGACAGAAACCAACUCUGCGCGGCCGAAGGAUAUCACAUGACGGAGUGCACAGACCGCGCAGAGACGUGCCAGAAGGAUGCAAAAUGUCAACUGGCUCUGGGGAAUCUGACUGCGCUCAAGGACUGUGAAACCAAACUCUCCAAGGGAGAGACAUGUGCUUAG